UUGUCUCCUACUCCUUUUUGGUUUUUUGCGUAAUGAAAAGUGUGUCGGGUCAGUUUGCGUCCACGCGCAUUUUUCUCAUAUUUACUAUCAAAUGAGAUAGUCUCAAGAAUCACCUGAGACCUUGUGCGAGAGUAAAUCCUUAACUAACUAUCCAGCCAAUAUUUUUGGAUUCUUGUCUCCGAAUCUUUUCUUUUGCAGGGAAAAAAAAAAACAGGUACAUGGCACUAAUGUAUGUGUAUCAAUGUAGGGAGAGAAGCAAAGAAUGUCCAGAGAAGAGAGAGAGAAAAAUGAAAGUACUUGGAAAAACAAUGUUCUCCCUCCUAUCCAUCGUGAUCCUCACCCUCACCUACUCCAUCUUCAUCGAAACGGUUGACCUCAGGUCGCAUUUCUUCCCACUCUUAAACGUCACUUCUGAACCCUGCUGCACCGACUCUCCGCUCAAGGUCUACAUGUACGAUCUCCCCCGCCGGUUUAACGUCGGAAUGUUAAGUCUCCGGAGAUCCAAUGAGACUCCAAUGACGUGGCGGGAUCUGCCGACGUGGCCGAGGAAUUUAGGGCUAGGGAAGCAGCACAGUGUGGAGUACUGGAUGAUGGCCUCAUUGUUGAGUGAAGGGGAGAACCCGACCCGAGAGGCAAUUAGGGUUUUGGACCCAAAUUUGGCCGACGUGUUCUUUGUGCCGUUUUUUUCGUCGUUGAGUUUUAAUAAGUAUGGGCGUGACAUGACCAAUCCGGCUACUGAGAUUGAUCGCCAAUUACAGGUUGAUGUGCUUAAAUUUCUGAGGGAUUCCAAUUAUUGGCAGAGGUCAGCCGGCCGAGACCAUGUAAUUCCCAUGAAUCAUCCAAAUGCUUUCAGAUAUCUUCGGGAGGAGGUGAACGCAUCUAUUCUCAUUGUUGCAGAUUUUGGCCGCUACCCUAAAAUCAUGGCAAAUUUGAACAAAGAUGUGGUGGCCCCAUACGUGCAUGUUGUGGAUUCAUUUACUGAUGAUGACCCUCCAGAUCCAUAUGGGUCUCGUUCUACACUUCUUUUCUUCAAGGGGACGACUGUGAGGAAAGAUGAAGGAAAAGUUCGCGCUAAACUGGCAAAGAUAUUAGUCGGUUACGAGGAUGUCCACUAUGAAAACAGCCAUGCAACGGGAGAAAGCAUAAAAGCGUCCACAGAAGGGAUGCGUUUAUCAAAGUUCUGUCUGCAUCCUGCCGGAGAUACCCCUUCCUCUUGCCGUCUGUUUGAUGCUAUUGUGAGCCACUGUGUUCCUGUCAUUGUGAGUGACCAAAUUGAGCUCCCCUAUGAGGACGAAUUAGACUACACCCAGUUCUCAGUUUUCUUCUCUGUCAAGGAGGCAUUAGAACCAGGUUACCUGGUUACGCAGCUCCGGCAGUUUCCGAAAGAGAGAUGGCUGGAAAUGUGGAGACGGCUGAAAAGCAUCUCCCAUCACUUUGAAUUCCAGUAUCCUCCAAAAAAAGAAGAUGGUGUGAAUAUGAUCUGGAGACAGGUAAAGCACAAGGUUCCUGCUGCCAAACUUGCUGUACAUAGAAGCCAGAGGUUGAAAGUACCAGAUUGGUGGCGCCGAAGGAGAUAGCAGGGGAGCCUUCCUUUUUCGAUACUACACGCCAUUAUUAUUCAUUGGGAAGACUUACGCAAUCGAGUAGUUUCUCAACAAUUCUUUUGGUCGUCCAAUGUACAGACCUGCUCUUUUUGUCAGUGUAUUUGGGCAAGGAGUGUUCCAUGCCAUCUGUGUUCAAUGUUAGGUCAGUUAGAACUGGUUCUCCGGUUACUUGGGUUGCUUUAUACAAUCAGUGAAAACAGAUCCAUCUUGUCCUCGUGGAGUUGGAAACUGCUACCGCCAGGGGUAUAUGCUUCCAGGUUGAGCCAAAACAAGUGCUGGUAAUACAGUUUCCGCAGCUGAUGAUUCUUCUUGGUAUGGAGGUGGCCAUUUUUCAACUUCUUUGUGAAUAUUACUGAGUAAUUGUUGCUCUCGGAUACUAGAAAUUUGUCAUUUCCCACUCCUUGAAGUAUCCCACCUUGAAUACGUACAUGUGAUCGGUUCUGUUUACUUAACCAAUUUGAGUUGUCGAUGUAAACUGAAAAUAGGGGAUUGUGCUUCCUAGGUUGCCCCCACUCUUUUUUUGGCGGUCUAACUCCUACAGCUGAAAGCCAAUACUCCUAUUUCUCAAAGGCAAAGUUUAUCUAUCUUAAAUUUCUCUGACUUGCUG